AUGAGCUCUCAGGCGUACUACGAGCUGUAUCGCGGUAGCAGUCUCGGGCUUUCGCUCACAGAUACGCUCGAUGAUCUGAUUAACGAGGGGCGAAUCGAGCCACAGCUGGCUAUGAAGAUUCUGUCCAACUACGAUCGUUUUGUCACGGAGAUUCUUGCGGUGCAAGUGCGCGCUAGAUUGACUUUCAAGGGUCAUCUCGAUACCUACCGUUUCUGCGACGAAGUGUGGACGUUCCUGAUCAAAGACGUUACUUUCAAGCUGGAUAAUCAGCAAACCGUCCAUGCCGACAAGGUCAAAAUCGUCAGCUGCAACAGCAAACGUCCCGGAGAGGCCUGA